AUUGAAUAUUUUUGUUUUUUGCCGCUACUUACCUCCAGAGGAAUGGCAAGAGGCUGCUGCAAAGUCAAACGUUGUAAAGAAUGUGGCACUUUGUUAUCCCCCAAAAUGUAACAAACCCUGUAGAAAGCAGUUGUCAUGCGGCAAACAUACAUGUAAAGAGAUCUGCUGUUCCAAUGAGGAUCACAAAUGCUACCGAAUUUGCACCAAACGUUUGUCUUGUGGCAUUCACACUUGCGGUCAACUUUGCCACAAAGGGGCUUGCUCUCCAUGUAGUAUUGUAUCGUACGAGAGGCUAUAUUGUCGCUGUCGACGGUCAUGGAUUGAGCCUCCAGUGCCAUGCGGCACGAAACCUCCAAGUUGCAGCCAUGAGUGUGUGAUUCCUCGACCCUGUGGCCAUCCGGCGAACCAUCCGUGCCACAUUGAGGAAAAAUGUCCCGUCUGCGUGGUGCCUGUGGAAAAGAGGUGUGCAUCACACAAAAAAGUGAUGCCGUACUUUUUUCCUUGUUUUAGACAGUCUAUUUCGUGCGGAAAGAAGUGCGGAAAGCCAUUGAGAUGUUGUGGGCAAAAGUGCGAGAAGACGUGUCAUGGUGGGCCGUGCGCGCACCAGUGUACAAACAGGUUUCCGGCGCUUUAA